AUGCCCCGCCGCGGUAGGAGCUCACCCAGAGUUGAUCGAAAUGCAUUAGAAAGAGACCGAAGACAGUACAUGAAAGAACUAUUUUCUAGGCUUGGUUUCCUGCUUCCUCCUCCACUCUCCAAGCGGUCGUUACCUGAGUUGUUGGAUCAAGCCACCACUCAUGUAAAGCAAUUGGGACAAAGGGUAGAGAUGCUGAAGCAAAAGAAGCAACUACUUGAAGGCAGUCGUACUGAUGAUCAGAUAACUGGUAUCAGAGAUCCAAUGAUGAGUGACGCAUGGUCACCUGUUCUCACAGUGAGAGAAUUGGGUUCUAUGAUAGAGGUGUGCGUGAAGAGUGGGUCAAACAAGAAGUUCAUGUUGCAUCAAGUAAUCCAAGUUCUUGUGGAAGAAGCAGCUCAGGUUGUAGCUCUUAGCUACUCCAAUGUUGGGGAUAGGAUCUUCUAUACGAUUAACGCUGAGGCUGUUAGUCCUAGAAUUGGCAUAGAGACUUCAAGGGUGCGUGAAAGGUUGAAGGAACUGAUGCUUUGA